AUUGAUUGUGAAAAAAAAGGAAGGAGAUCGUCUUUUGGUAGAGACGCCAUCUUAAAAUAAAGUGAUAUAAUUUUUUGGUAUCGUAGAAUAUAAUAAAAAUCUAAAGUAAUCGUUUUUAAGAAAUUAGCUAUCGAGCUUAGACUAUUUAUAUUUCGUAAUACCAAGUAUAACGGACCAAGUUGGUGGUCGGAGCGAGGGUGACCUCCUGAUGGUGUGUACAUCGCAGCAUGUCUGCACUCUCGACGCCGGGCGGCGGAGGCACUACGGCGCAGUCGAAGCCGACGUCCGGCAAGCAAAAAUAUCAAAAGUUGGACAUCAAUAGCUUGUACUGCACCAAUAGAAACGAAAGCUCAGAACCGUCCCUAGUGAAAUCUCAACUAAGUCGCAAACAUGGAAUGCAAAGUCUUGGAAAAGUACCUUCGGCAAGGCGCCCACCAGCCAAUUUACCUUCUUUAAAAACUGAGACUGGUCAAGAUCCUAACUCUAAUUCUAUUACUGCUGUUACUACAACUGUAUCUACUCCAGCAACAUGCACUUCUCAGACUACUCCUACGACAACUACUCCUGGUGUGGCUGUGACCACAUGUGCAAGCGGCUGGGUAUCACUUCCUCCACCAUCAUCACCACACUUCCGCACAGAGUUCCCCUCAUUGGAAGCUGCUGCUCAACCUUCACAUCGAUCAGCAGACCACGCAACCUCACAACCACAGCUCAGACCACAAACGGAAGGCAGCUGGACGUCCGGUGGCACCGCCGGCGUACGUCAAGAGACCACAUCACCCGCCGCCGCGCCCGCCUCCACGCCCGCCUCACAGCAAACUCCCGCCUACCGCGCUAUACUGCCAUCCUUCCUGAUGAGAGGUAGCCCCGGUAGCGGGCUCGGGUUGGGAACAUUGAAUACGCUGCGAGACAAUAGAAGCGGUGGUAGUGUAAAUUCAGGCAGCGCCAGUAAUACCAACGCCGGAGGCCCGCGCCAGCCACCUCGCCCGCCGGCCACACCGCGAGCCGUAGAAGUACUUACUGCUCGCCCUAUUCUACGUGAGGAACAAAUUUCUUCACUAGAUGAUAUCUCACGAGACGCUGGAUGGGCACAACAUGACGAUAUUGACUAUGAUCAAAAGUUGGACUUUUCUGAUGGAGAGUCGUCGGCUCCAAGCAAAAUAAGUAAUAAGAAUAACAACCGGACUAGUAUAGAAGUAGAACAUGUUGAUAAUAAAGUUCAUGAGCCGGCUGAUGAAGAGCAACUAUGGGCAGAGCGUAGACUGAAACAGAAUAAUGAAGUAGCUCAAGUAAUAGCUCGUGCCCGGCAAAGAAAAGAAGAAGAACAAAGACGACAGACUGCGCGAGACACAGUUGCUCCAUUGCAAGUCCAGCAAUGUAAAGAUUCUCGUGACAGGGUGGACAGAGAUCGCAAUGAUAAUAGGGAUAGAGAUUCUGAUAGAGAGAAGGAUAGAAGCGAUAUCAGAGAUAGGGAACGUGCAGAUAAUAGAGAUCGCUUGGAUAAUAGAGAUAAAGAUCGUAGUGAUCGUGACAGGGAAACAAGAGAAAAAGAGCGGGCGGAAAAUAAUAGGAUCGAAAACAGAGAUAGAUUUGAUAACCGAGACCGAGAACGUGAUAAUAGAGAUAGAGAUCGCGAAAGAGACAGAUUAGACAGUAGAGACAGAGGCCGCAUUGAUAAUAGAGAUCGCCAAGAUAAUGAUAAAGACAGAAUAGACCCACGGGACAGGGAUCGUAAUGAUAAUCGAGAUCGUGGCGAUCGUAUUGAUCGUGAUAGAUUCGAUAGGGAAAGAGAUCGAGAACGUGAACGUGUGGAUAGAGAUAGAAAUGAUCGCGACAGAGAUCGCGACCGUGAUUUUAGAGACAGAGAUCGCGAUUAUGGCAGAGAUCGUGAUCAAGGUAAUCCAGCAUUUUCAAAGACCUUUCAAGCUAAUAUACCACCCCGAUUUUUAAAACAACAACAAAAUCGCCAAGAGGAACAGCAUAAGUCGUGGGCGUUUUCUGGAAAGUCCGCUCCUAGACGGCAAGAGCCUCCUCCAUAUAACGCUCCGCGCCAUGCCCCUCACAAUGGUCGUCGUUCAUAUUCAAGAGAUUAUUCUGAUCGUGAAGAUGAUUUCCGAAGAGAUAAGGAUGGACCUGGACCGCAAUGGCGGUCUGAAAUGCAAGAUUAUGAAAAACCUGCAAGAGAGUUAGAUAGAUCUAACUCUAAAGAUUCAUAUAAAGACUAUGGUGAAUAUAAAGAUAGAAGGAGUGAGUCAGAUCGAAAAUCCAUAGAUAAUUGUAGUACUAUAGAACAUAACAGCAGAACUGCUGCUGAUAAAUUGACAGAAGUAUUUGAAAGAAAAAGUAUAGGUGUUACUGACUCUUUUCCUUCGUCUGAUUCUUCAACGCAACCACAGACGCAAGAAAGACGUAAUUCGCCUCCUUCUAAUGUAAAUCAGCGGGAAUCUUCUGAAAGAGACUUAAGCAAGACUUCAUGGGCAGAAAUCACUCAAGAAGAUUCAUCUAAUUAUAUGGGCGUCAAAUCACCCUCGGAGAAGAUUUCACCAGCAAAAGAUACUGAACAAACAUUAAAAGAUACUCACGAUCUUGACCAUGACAAAUCCACUGCUUCUUCGCAACAAACUGUAGCAGUCCAGCCAUCACUACAGAGUCCACCUACGACAACUCACUCAAAUUCACCUGCUGCUCAAAAUCAGAUUCAUAAAUACCAUAACAAUCAUCCUUCUAAUGCUAAAAAUUUCAUACAGACCCAACAAGUUUGUCCUAAGCCAUAUCCAAAUAUUGCACUACAAACUAAUGCCCCUAAUCAGUCUCCUUCUUUUACUGAUCAAUCUCUAAUAAAAACUACAAACACACCUCUUCCUAAAUCUAUUAAUCCAAAUGAAACUCUUGUACCUCUACAAACUCUUCCUUCCUCUGAACAAACAGCUCCAUUGUCUGUCAAUAAACCAACAUUCUCAUCGCAAAAAUCUGAAAAGGAGUUUUCUGAAUCUGAAUCUAUUGCAUCUAAAUCUAGCUCUGAUCCUACAGGAUUGGUAAAUAUUAAGAACAAUGAAAUACAAUCAGUAGAAUCUCUACAUAUUAAUGCCGAUUCUCAAAAGCGGUCUAUUGAAGAUAAACGAAAUGAAAGAUUCAAUGAGCAGUUAAAUAAAGUACCAGUGAAAGAGCCGAUUGAAAGAAAAUCUAGUGGAUCAGGAUCUGAGAAGAAAGGCCGAGGGUAUGGAGGUGGUGGUUAUGCCGUCUAUAAUAGAGGUUGGGGACCACGUGAAUCUCGAGGAAGACGUUCACAUCGUAGUUCCCGCUCUAAUAAUAGAGCAAGUGAAUCAGAAGGUUCAACAGACGGUGCUCCAAAUUCUGAACGCAAAGAACGCCGAAAGGCCCCCCGAAGUCCGCGAGGCCCCAAAAAGUCAGAUAGACAUGACGACCCCAAUCGCCCACCAAUGGAACAAAUACCACACACAUCAGAUAAUAUAGAAAAUAGAGAACCAUUUGCACCACGAGGGCAGCCUUCUCGACGAGGAAGAGGUGGCUUCCAAGGUGCUUCGCGACCCCCAGCGCCUGCAAAGAGAGUAGCAGGUUAUGGGCCACCGAACACCAAAAGCCCCUUUAGUCAAGCCAAUAGAGCAGUUAAAGAAAAUGAAGAUAUGAAAGACAAUGUUCAAUCAGAUGACAAAGGGAAAGCACAUAACAAACCUAGAGCAGGGUCAUCUACUGGUAGAGGUCGCGAUCGUCGUCCCAAAGGAGGUCCAAACAGUGGAGAAGAUGAAAAUUGGGAAACAACUUCUGAACAUUCCGAAGGAGGUGGUACAAGUGGUCGGCGUCGAUCUCUGGGUGGAAGACAAUCUGGUCAAACUCAUAAAAGUGGUCAGGGUGGACGAAAUCAAAAUGCUGGUAAUCGCCAGAAUAAUGCUCGGAACUCGCAAGGAGUGAAGAAAGACACAGUUGGUGAUAAGACUACAGAUGUUACGGAGGCUAUGAUUGAUCUUAAAUUAUCGUCAGUGAAAAAAGAAGAUGAAGCUGUUGUUGAUGAUGGAUUCCAAGAAGUUCGAAAUAAGAAAAAUUCUAAGGAAGUAAGAGGCACUUCAGCGAAAGAGGAUAUCCAACAAACUGUAAAACAACCCAGAUCUCAUUCCAACCAAGGCGGUGGCCGAAAUGGGUCAUCGACGAGAAAUUCUAGUGAUAAAUCCAAUUCGCGAGGAUCUAUUCCAGUUUCCGGUAAACCCGUUUCGCAGUAUGAUCGUCCACGUCAAGCUAACUUAGCUCCGAGGUUUGUCAAGCAAAGACAAAAACAACAGAUGGGACUAGUUAGUGGAUUCGGGCCAGAUACUGGAGCUGCACCGCCUCCACCGCCAGUUAAUGCUUGGGACAAACCUAUUUCACAAACUUUACGUGGCAAUGUUGAGGAACCUGUGGAAACAACCGAGAAUAAGUCGGGACAGUCCAGUCAACGUAGCUCUCCUGGAGAUGCUCCAGCAGAGGCGAAGACUACACCAGUCGCCUGUACUGCGGUAGCUGCCGACAAAACUGGUGUCUUAGAUGGAACUACACCCCCUGUAGAAACCAUAAUAUUCGAGAAUACUAAUUAUAAGACUGCUCCUCCAGCUGAGGCCUUAAAGCAAAAAUAUCAACCUAGUGCUACCACUGCCAAACCUCAGGGUGAAGAAAUAACAACUGAAAUUGAUACACGACCGGUUUCAUUUAAUGGUGAUGUCAGAUCGCGCCCAAGAUCUAUUCAAGAACUCAUAUCUGAUAAUGGCAGACCUGUAAAUGAUGGAGAAGCAGCUCUAGGUUUACAAAUGCCUUUUGACACGACCCAAAAAACGGAAGACUCUUCUGAUAUGAAACUUGAUUUUGCCUUUGACUCUGAUUCUCUUGGACAGCUUACUGAAGAUAAAUCAGCAAAAUUAGGAUUACCUCGUGGUGUGCAUAUGAGUACUUCAAACACUAUUUCACCAUUGGCGGCAGAUCUCAAUUUAAAAAUCGCUAGCGUGAAAAAAGUGUGGGAAAUGCCAGCGGUAGCUGAGGGAAGUGAAGAAAUACCAUUUCCUGGUUUCGAAGAAUCUAAUGCAGAAACUGGUGCUCCACCAAAUGUCUGUAAAGUGAAACCAACUCAACAGUUACAAUCACCCCCUCCUCAGCAUUACAACCAUGUAGGCUAUCAAGGAGGAUACGGCGGAUUAUCAGUACCAUCCCCACCCGCCGUUUUAUUCAAUUCUUCUCAACAGUUGUUAGGUUCGUCGCAACAGUUGCAACAGCAAAGCGGCCUUUAUGGACCAUUCCUUGAUCAAAGUCGUGGUCAGUUUGGAGGAUUCCCUGGAACACCAUAUGGUGCUGGUUCAGCAACUCCUUACAAUUAUCAGCCACCUCCUGAUAUGUUCCAGAGCCUUCCAAAUCAGUAUCGAAUGGCGGCUGCUGCAGGCGGCGGUGCGGCAUUCGGCCAGUCGGGACAGCUCGCCAAUAGUCCCAGCACUGUUCUGAUCUCUAGUACCUCUAAUUCUCUCAUGUCGGCCACAGUAAAGCCAUCAACUCAGCAAAUUGGAGCCAUUGGCAGUAAAGGCGGCGGUGUCGGCGGGGUGGGCGGCGUAGGCGGCGUGAGCACAUACCAGCAGCAGUACCUCGGGUACUCGGGCCCGGUGGGCGAGGCGCCGUACUCGCUGCAGGGCCUGCUGCCGCGGCCCGCGCCGCCGGCCAGCUCCUACUACUCUCCGUACCAGCCGCCGGCCGCGCCCGCGCCCACCUACCCGCUGCAGUUCACGCAGCCCGCGCAGUCCGGUGCUUUCGGAUCGCAGUUCAUUUCGUCACAGCUGCAGGUCGCUGCCGCCGUCCAGCAGAUGCAGCAACAAUAUCGAGCGCCGCUGCAGCAGCAGUACGCGCCGCCGCAGCCUCGGCCGCCGCCGCAGCAGCAGCUCAAGAGUCCGCUACACGAGCACGCCAACGGGUUCGCGCCGCUGUGCGAGUCCGCGUCACCAACUCCCAAGGGCGCGACCAAGCCGCAGAAGCCGCCGCACUCGCCGCCGCAGCACAAGUACCACGCGCCGCCGCCGCACGCCGCCCACGCGCCCCACGCGCCCCACGUGCAACACGUGCAGCACGUGCAGCACCCGCCGCCCGCGCACACGCCGCACCAGCAUCACCAGCAGCACCAGCACCAGCAGCAGCACCAGCAUCAGCAACAGAUGAUGGGCGGCGGCAACAGCGGGCGGUGCGCGGGCGGCGGCAUGUCGCGCGGCGGGCUGGUGGCGCCGCGGUACCCCGCGCCCAUACAGCGCCCGCCCGCGCUGCCGCUCUACAGGCCCCCCGCGCCCGCGCCCGCGCCCGCACCCCCGCCCCGCGCGCACCACGCGCCGCGCGCCAACACCUACUACCACCACCACCAGCGCAACGGCGCAGGCAGCAACGAGCGAUCGCCGGAGAGCAGCGAGGCGGCGGUAGCGGCGGACGAGCCCGCCGAGGUGGCCGUGCCGGCCGAGACGCCCGCCGCCGCCGAGGUGAAGGCCGAGUGAACGACUCCUCGAGGACUCGGUCUCCAGCUCUCGCCGACUCCAGCCGCCUUCCACUCGGACGCGGCACGCUCGGCCCGUUGGGCUACUCUCAC